AUGAUUUAAGAUGCUACUGACAGGGAAUGUGUUUAUAAACACAAGGAUUGUCCUAUUCUGUCAGUGCUUGAUAAUUAAAAUUAGAAAUUAAAGGAAAAUUUGAUAUGCACAGAUUGCUUAGAUCUCUACGAGUUAAGCUGA